CCACAUUAACUAAGAAGAACGUUAAUCUAUAAACAACCCUAUCCAUCUCUUCCUAUACGUCUCUUUAGAUUGGAUAUAUAACUCUGCUCCACGACGACACUGCUUCCCAAAACAGAAAGUUACGUCUUUUGAGUCUUGCACAGAGAGAAUAUGAGCGGAGGCACCAACGGCUGUGGAGGUCCUUGCGGUGCAUGCAAGUUUCUCCGGCGGAAAUGCGUGUCCGAAUGCAUUUUCGCUCCCUACUUUGACUCGGAGGAAGGGACGUCUCAUUUUGCGGCGGUGCACAAGGUUUUCGGGGCGAGCAACGCCUCCAAGCUCCUCAUGAUGAUUCCGGCCAGCCGAAGACUGGACGCCGUCGUCACACUUUCUUACGAAGCAUUGGCUAGGCUUCGCGACCCCGUCUACGGAUGCGUUGGUCACAUCUUCGCCCUUCAACACCAGGUGAUGAAUCUACAGGUGGAGUUGGCUUACGUACAAACUCAACUCACAAGCAUACAACGCCUUCUUCCGCCGAAUCCUCAAAACAAUUCACAGACAGAAGUAGCCUCUUCAUUUAAUGCGCCACUCAUUGCUUCUUCAGUCGAUAAUAAAAGCAAUGUACUGUCUUCCUCGGCGUCACACAAUCAUUGUAUGCCACAACAACAACAACAAGGAAAAGAAGAUAUAGAGGUCUCAAGAGAGUCAGUGGACCUUAGCACAUUGUUAGGCCUGGAAGAUCCAGCGGAAGAAGAGAGUGAUCUCAACGCUCUUGCCCGUGAGUUCGUCUCAAAGUAUUUGACCGGAGGCCAGAGCCGUCCAUCUUCUCCGAUCUAAUCUAACCAUGAUGAUGAACUUGAGACAUUAGUAAUUGGUAUUUUGAACAAACCGGAAUGCCCUGUCAAUUAAAAAGGGACGUUCAUAGAUUCGAUUGGAUAUGAAGUGCAACUCACAUCUCACGCAAGACGUCGACAUGACAACCCAUGUCCCCCCUAUUUUGUAAUAAUAUGUAUAAAAUGUUUUUGAAGUAAACAGAAGUAAUUGGGUCAAAUAAUGAAACUGUUAGGCAACGUAGUUAAGGUAGGGCUAAAAGCUUAAGGCCCAACUGAAUGUUCAUAACUUUUGCAUCUUUCUACCUUCCUAAAAGGUAGGCCUAAAAGCUUAAGGCCCAACAGAAGUCAACAUUUUUUUUUAUUGUUAACUUUUUUGUU